CUACAAACCAUUUAGCCUGCAAACUUGUCCCUUUUCCUUCAAAGCUUCUGUUCUCACUCCACCUCCUUCUUCUAAAUCAAUUAUUUUUCCAUUUUCCAAACCAAAAUCUCAAUGUUUUGAACUUCAAAUUUUCAUAUUUAUGCACACGCUCACUCCCGCCAAGACUUAUUUCAUUUCCCACCCUUCCUCUGCUCCCCUGUCGCCUGUCGGGGUUUUAGCAUAAACCCUAGAAAUGGGAGAGACGCCGGGACAGUAUUUCAAGAAGGGAGCGGAGGUGGAGAUAAGCAGCGAUGACGAGGGCUUUCGCGGCGCCUGGUACGCCGGGACCGUCAUCCGGCCGGCGUCGAAGAAGAACUCGACCAUUAUGGUGGAGUACAAGAGCUUGAUGGCCGACGAGGAGGGGUCAGAGCCGCUGCGGGAGCUGGUGGAUUUGGUGCAGCUGCGGCCGCCUCCGCCGCGUGAGCUCGGUCGCGGGUUCAAGUUCAGCGAGGAGGUCGACGCGUUCCACAAUGACGGGUGGUGGGAGGGCGUGGUCACCGAAGUGUUGGACGGCGGGAGGUGCUCCGUUUUUUUCCGUGGGUCGAGGGAGCAGAUGGAUUUUGCGGCCGCGGAUCUAAGGCUUCAUCGCGAAUGGGUCGCUGGCAAGUGGGUUCCGCCUUUGGAAGAAGAGAAAGUGUUGAAUACAACGGAAGUAAAGUCUCGUAAAGGGAUGGUAAAAGAAAGUUUUAGUAAAGGAACUCUAGUUGAAGUUAGCAGUGAUGAAGAUGGUUUCCAAGGUGCUUGGUUCGCCGCAACUAUUAUCAAAGCAGUAGGUAAGGACAAGUUCCUGAUUGAGUAUCGAAGCCUGAGAACAGAGGAUGAUAAAGAGUUUCUGAGAGAGGAGGUUGAUAAUCUGCACAUAAGGCCGUAUCCACCUGAAACUAUAGUGGUGGACAGAUUCAGCUUGUUUGAAGAAGUUGAUGCUCUGUACAAUGAUGGCUGGUGGGUGGGUUUGAUUUCCAAAGUUCUUUGUAACUCAAGGUACAUAGUUUACUUCAAGAGUACUGACGAGGAAAUGGAGUUUGAACACUCUGACUUAAGGCAACAUCAAGAGUGGAUUAAUGGCAAAUGGGUCAUGGCAUCUGAGGCCUUCAAGCUGUGAUCACUUGAUAAAAGCUUUAAAGUCUGAAGUUGUGAUGCUAAGACAGGGUCAGCAGAAACCAUUUUACUGGUUUUGAAGUCUUGAUCGCUAAUUGAGCAGAAAUCCUUUAGUAGCUGCAGUCAUAACUGUAAAGCAGCAUGUCUUCACUCCUUGAUAUUGAUCAUUGAUGGUGCACAUUAUGAAGGCCUCGGCUCAUGGUUGUAGGUUGCUGUUCAUGUUUGCUCAGGAAAUUUUGAUCCCUGGGGCUCUUGCUUAACAAGCUGCUUUUUCUGGUUGGGUUUGUCACUAAAACCCCUAUUUUUUAGGUAUUGUUAGCUUUCAAAGUUUUGAUAUAAGCUUCAUUGUGGAGAUCCCAAAACAAGUUUCUGUUUUGUAGAUACAGAAUUGACUAUUUUAUGAUUUCUUUGUCGAAGUUACUUCUCUUUCUGUCUUUUGUCCAUCAAUACAGCUGCACAUGAUGUAAAUUAAUGUGCUGAGGUUCUCGUGGUCUAUCAAA